AUGGACGUUCCAGCAAGGAAACGAACGGUGCGAGCAUGUGAUCAAUGCCGCCGAAGGAAGGUGAAAUGCAAUGGCAAGCUGGGCUGCACCGAGUGCAAUAGCAUUGGCCUGGAAUGCUCAUAUGGCUCGCAAAUCAAGCAGUCGCGUCGUCGCAACUACCUGAUCCACCUCGAACAAAAGGUCCAGCGACUGGAGCAUGAAUUGCGUUCAGCCAGAUCAACUUCGCUCCCGGACAACACGCAACGACGAGCCAGCGAGCCAACAAUCGAACUAUCAUUAGCCACCAACAGCCACCCUGGCGUGCGAGACUACAACGGCACGGUACCUGAGAUCUCAGCACCUUCGAUAUGUUAUUGGAACAACAACGCGUACAAGCCAUUCGAACAGCAUGGCGGCAGCACCGAAUGGGUUGGCCCCAACACGACCAAGCCGUUCCUAAGUGGCCUUCAAAUUCCAAAUCAAUGUGUACAAUCGUCGGAUGGUAUCUAUCGCCACGAUUCCUUGUCGCCCCAGACACCUCAGACUGCGUCCUCAGCAACGUGGACACCAGUCACCGACGUGCUCGACUACUGGCAAUCAAUACCGGACAAUACCUGCGCACAGCCAAUCCUCCCUACCAUGCCACAAGAUGCUGGUCGUUGGUAUCAACAUCCCUUCGAUCAGCCCCUAGAAGCGCACGACUAUCACGGACUUUCUUAUUCAAAUGGAAACAUGGCACCUUGUCCGCCAUCUUACAACUGAUUUAAUAAUAUACUAGAAAUACCCCUUGUGACGGCAGAAAGAACAACAACAACAGUAAUAAUGGAACACCCCACCUAUAGCCACAGACCUGGCGUUGAAAUUGGCAGAC